UCUCUUCCACUACCUCCUCUUCAUUUCCUUUCCCACUGCCUUUUCUUUUCCUUAGAAAUUUGAAUCUCUUCAUCAAAUUCUUUCUCUUCUUCUUCUUCUUCUUCGCAAUUUGAAUAUACAUACACAUAGUAUAGCUUUCCCUUCUGCAUAUUUCCCCCACCCCCCACUUCUUAGAAGCCUCAGAAAUGGUUUUCACCAAACAUGCAGCUCGGAAUAUUAUAGGCGUCGUUGGAAACUUGAUCUCUUUCGGCCUAUUUGCUUCACCAAUACCGACAUUUAUAAGAAUUUGGAAAAGUAACUCAGUUGGGGAAUUCAAGUCGGAUCCGUAUCUAGCAAGCAUAAUGAACUGCAUGCUAUGGAAUUUCUAUGGCUUGCCAAUGGUUCAUCCAGGCAGCACUCUCCUCGUUACCAUCAACAGCGUUGGACUUGCCUUGGAGCUUAUUUAUAUCACCAUCUUCUUCAUUUAUGCACAAAGGAAUGGCCGAUUGAAGGUGACUGGAUUCUUAUUCAUGGAGUUUGUGGUGAUGACCGCUUUAGUGUCUUUCACACUGAAAUUUUAUGAUAAUCAUGAACAAAGAUCAACACUUGUCGGCAUCUUCUGUGUCGUAAUUAACAUUCUAAUGUAUGCUUCACCUCUUACUAUCAUGAAAAAGGUAAUUAUCACAAAGAGCGUCAAGUAUAUGCCAUUUUGUCUCUCUUUAGCUACAUUUCUUAAUGGAGCAAUUUGGGUCCUUUAUGCCACUGUUGACAUAUUUGAUCUUUUUGUUUUGAUUGCAAGUAGUGUUGGGGUGUUAUCCGGAGUACUGCAAUUGAUUCUUUAUGCAUGUUACUAUAAGGCCGUCCCCACCCUUCAAGUUGAUGACCAUCAUGAAAAGCCAGCUGACCUGCAAAUCUCCGUUGCUGUUGUUGACGAAGAAAAGGCUUAGAAAUUUUUAAUCGUAGUUUAAUUACUGCCAAAAUCGUAAUUAGAUCAUAUUGAUGUAAAUUAAUUAGUGUCGUCAAUUCAAGACACCAUUCGCUGGUAGGUAGAUAAACGACGCCGUUUCUAGUUCUCUGAUGCAAACAUGCCAUCGCUACACAGUCAAUGUAACAAUAAUCUUAUAGAGUUGAUUUGGUUUGAUAAUUUUACAUAAUCAUUUUGUGA